ACUCCUGAAGAACCUAUAGUUCCACGUCAUGAGGCACCUGCAGGUUCUCCACAUUGACGUGAUCCGAUAAAUGGAAGACGAGAUAGAAAUAUAAUCCAUAACCCACGAAGGCUUUUUGUACAAAGGCCUGUGGAACCUGUCGCAGUUGAUCCAGAUGAGCGAGAAAUAAAUUUAUACAUUACUCCUGAUGCUACAGAUGUUGAUCCUGAAGGAAAAGUAAAGUAUCAAAUCGAUAACAAUAUGAUUUAUUUGGGCAAUGGUAAAUCCGUCAACACAGAAUUCUGGGAAUUCCUCAAAACACGUGGAGAUUACAUAUUUCUGAGAGAAACGGCGGAACUUAUUUGCACCAAACAAAAACUUGUUAAUAGAUGUAUUAAGCCGUCAAAAGUAUCAAUUAACAUACGGAACCGAAGUCCUCGAAAAGUGAUUACACCAAGAAAAUAUUUUUUGGUCAGAGAAUUAUUCAAAGAUUACAUGGAAGAGAGAAAGUACAAUGACGCAAAGAAAAGAGAAUUAAUUUCCAAAUUUAAUCGACAACUUGGUUAUAAAAUCAAGGACUUAAGAAGAUCUUUGAACUAUGAGGAAGACGAGGAAUAAAGGAGAUCAUUUUGAAAGACUUCAAAAAAAUAAUUUUAGUUUUAAGUAUUUCACAAGCGAGUUAUUCUAAUAUUUAUUAAUGGUUAUUGUUUAAAAACAAUAUUCUAUGUUUCAUUGAAAGUUUCAUAAUUUUCUAUAGGUUAUUAACCAAAGAG